CAGCUCUCUCACUCAGUGUCUUGACUACCACAGUGGGUUGACCUCUCGCACACUGUCUCUCUCACACUCACUUUCUCUCACCACUUGUACCACCAGUCAGACAGAUAUAUGUUGAGCAGCGCAGCGGUGACGCUCAGGUCGUCGCGUUUCGCUUAUUUUGCUCCAUCCGCGAGGACCAUGAGUCUACACGUCCAAGACAUGAUUUUUAGACAGUUGUUUGACCGGGAGACCUGCACAUAUACCUACCUCCUAGCAGAUGCCAAGACCAAGGAUGCUGUGCUGGUUGAUCCUGUCAUUGAGCUGGCUGAGAGAGAUGCAAAUUUAGUCCAGGAACUGGGGCUCAACUUAAAAUACGCCAUGAACACCCACAUGCAUGCUGACCACAUCACUGGCUCUGGACUGCUGAAGAAAUUGAUUCCUGGUUGUCAGUCUCUCAUUGCUAAGGCAUCCGGGGCUAUGGCUGAUGUUCAUGUUGAACAUGGUGAUAAAGUAUCAUUUGGGAAUCAAACUUUAGAAGUUCGCAGUACCCCUGGUCAUACCAAUGGUUGUUGCACAUAUGUAAGCCACGAUGGUAAGUUUGCUCUCACCGGUGAUGCCUUGUUGAUACGAGGAUGUGGUCGGACGGACUUCCAGGAAGGCUCCGCUGACACUCUCUAUGACUCUGUACAUUCUCAGAUCUUGAGUCUGCCCAAUGAAUUCUCACUUUAUCCUGCUCAUGAUUAUAAAGGUCAAACGGUAACUACUGUGGCCGAGGAGAAAGUGUAUAACCCACGUCUCACUAAACCCAGGGAAACAUUUGUGGAUAUUAUGAAUAAUCUUAACCUGGACUACCCCAAAAAAAUUGAUGUGUCUCUGCCAGCCAACAAGGUGUGUGGAUUAUACAAUCUGCCAGAAGACUUGGCUGCAAAGCUGAAGGAUCAGUAACUGCUGCAGCAAGGAUAAGGUAAUUUACAAGAGGAAAUAUUCUUGACUCGGCACAAAACUGACAUUGAUUUGCAGAGAGAAAUUUGCUGUACUUACCCAGGGUUAAGCCAUGGCUUUUAUCAUGUUUACCUGGAGUUUACCUGGAGAGAGUUUCGGGGGUCAACGCCCCCGCGGCCCGGUCUGUGACCAGGCCUCCUGGUGGAUCAGCGCCUGAUCAACCAGGCUGUUGCUGCUGGCUGCACGCAAACCAACGUACGAGCCACAGCCCGGCUGAUCAGGAACUGACUUUAGGUGUAGUACUUAAAUUAUUAUGGCACAUUUGUAUAUAAGUUAUCCCAUGCUUUAUGACCCUUAUGAAUUUAGUGCUUAGUUAUGAUUAUAAUUUAUCCCAUUAAAUGCUCCAUGACACAUACGGGUUUAGUACUUGCUUUUUAUAAUAAUAAAAUUACUGUAUUUUGUAGAAUUCUUAUUUUUGAGUAUAAAGAAUAGAAGGCAGUAAGUAAUGUUAUUGAACUUGCUGGAAAAUGAUCGACUAGUAAGGGUCAUACAGCACCUGGGAAUUGGGAGGAAUUUGGGUUAAAUCCAAGGAUUGAAAGUAGUUAGAAUUCCUUAGAUGAAAGGCCCUUCUGCAGUAUUCAACCCCCUUGAAGGACAGGUUAAAAUGGGUUUAUACUAUCUGGUGUUUCAGUGACUGGUACAGUAACUCCCAGGAAUCAACCACCGUCCUCCACUCGUCAGUGGCUUCUUCAGUCCGUUAUCAGUAUUGGACUGAAGAAGUCGCUGGCUGUUGAAACAUUUCUUCGGUAAAGAUUCCCAAGUUUCAAUUUUUCAUCUUUGUUACGUUAAAUUCAUGGGAUGCGCUAAAGCUGAGUCACACAGUGCCUAGGGAAAGAGGCAGUCAGGUGUGAAUCUCAUCUAAAGCCUAAAUAACAGAAAGGCACAACACCGUGACUGGAACAAUACUCGGAUAACCCACACGAUGUUUUGGUCUGACUUGGCCCAUUUACAAGUCACGCCAAAUGUCGUCAUAAGCUUCUCUCCUAUAUACUGGUUAUUUAUGUAUUGUUUCAGUCACAGUAUUGUGCCCUUUUUUGUUCUGAGUUAAUAAACUUUUCAUUAGUGGAUGAGUGAGGAAAACGUCUGAAAUCUAAGAGAGCUCAUUCUAACAAGACAUUAGUUCAAAUGCAUUUUAGAUUUGCUGUUGUUGAUUCCCAUGCACAUAUACUGUAGUAAGGUAAAUUUAAGUUAGAGUAGUAUAAUAGUAAUAUUGUUUGAGGUGAAAGGUAAUGUAUUUCUGAAAGAAUGAUUAAUUACCAUUUUAUAAAUCUUGUAUAACCGUUGAAUUUUAGUUUGCGCUCAAGGUGUAUGUAUUCCUUACAAUUUAUAUCAAAUAAAGGAUAAAGAAACUAUA